AAAACCGAGCGGGUCGCCGGCACGCGAUCUUCCAGCCCGGAAUCCAGCAGAGCAGGCAGAGAUGGGGGAGGAGGGCGUUACGGCCUCGCGCCGCGCGCGCGUCGAUCUCAUCUGAAUCUCGGAAUCUCUCAUCGUAGCCGCGAGCGCGUCCGUCCAUCCAGCAGCCCAUCCAAUCCGCCCGCUGCCCCCCGCGCAGGGGCGCCGUGGCCCCAGCCGCCGCUCGGGCUCGGCCACCGCCCCUCCCCAGGGAGCGGCCACGACUCAUAUCGCCUCGGCCUCCUAUAAUACAGGGGCGCCCGCGGCAAGGACGAGGGCGAGCGAGUUCGCCUCACCACGCGCGCGCGCCCCCGCCCGGGUGGCGUGCAUGGCCGCGACCGCGUGCGCCUACGGGUACCAGCAGCAGGGGACCCGGCCGCCGCUGGCGCUGGCCGCGCCGGCGAGGUCCGCGUCGCAGGCACCCGACCCGUUGCUCGUCGGCUUCGACGAUGACGAUGAUGAUGGUGCGGAAGUAACGCCGCCCCCGGCGCCACCGCCGCCGCCGCGGCCGUGCAUCAAGGCGCCUCCGCCCUUCCCGCCGCGCAACCUCGGGAUCUGCACCGAGGGCCUCGGCGCCGAGAGCUCCGGCGACAUCGGCCUCAGCGAUCUCUCCGACGACGUCAGCAACAACGGCGCUGGCGGCGACGGCGACGCCGAAGCCGGGCGGGCCCUGGUGGGGCCGUGCAAGCGGCAGCACCGCGACGGCGGCGGCGGCGGGGAGGGGCCGGGGAGGAGGGCGAGGGGCGGGAGGCCGGCGCCGUUCCCGCCCCCGAUCUCGGUGAUCGGGGCCGGCGGGAAGCCGUGGCUCUACCUCCGGCCCCACCGGGAGGACGGCCGCCUCGUGCUGCGGGAGGUCAGGAUACCGUCCCGGGAGCUGCUACAGGCGCGCCGCGAGGGCGGCCGGUUCAAGCUCCAGUUCGCGCAGCCCCACCCGGAGGAGGAAGAACCGGAGGAUGCGCAUCAUCAUCAUGAUCAAUGCCUUUCAUGAGCCAGCAGAUGAGAAAAAGCAACAAGGGGGCGAAUAGAACAGGGUUUUAGAUUAUUGCUCCGAGGUUUAAUCAGCAACAAGUUCCACACGCCUAGUGUUGGUUUCCUUUCACUUUCAGAGAGAUGUAAAUAUAGCGGAAUUUAUGUUCAGUUGUGAACUUGUGACUUGUGAGUCAAUCACCCGAUCCAUUGCCACGGCUUCGCAA